UUCUCCAGAGCGCGCUCCCUCCCAGCCUCUCCGCCGCUGUCGCCGCUGUCUCGGAGGUGGGGGGUGGGAAGAGGAGGCGGGAGUCCUAGCGCGCCGAAUCCUCUUCAGGCGGGGCCCAAGAUGUCGGUGGCGUUCGCGGCCCCCAGGCAACGGGGGAAGGGCGAGAUAACGCCGGCUGCUAUCCAGAAGAUGUUGGAUGAAAACAAUCAUCUUAUUCAAUGUAUAAUGGACUACCAGAAUAAAGGCAAAACUUCAGAAUGCUCUCAGUAUCAGCAGUUGCUACAUACAAACCUAGUGUACUUAGCUACAAUAGCGGACUCCAAUCAAAAUAUGCAAUCUAUACUGCCACCACCACCCACACAGAAUAUGUCAAUGGGUCCAGGAGGAAUGAGUCAGAGCGGCCCUCCCCCACCUCCACGUUCUCAUAAUAUGGGUUCAGAUGGUAUGGUAGGUGGGGGCCCUCCUGCACCACACAUGCCAAACCAGAUGAAUGGCCAGAUGCCUGGACCUAAUCACAUGCCUAUGCAAGGACAUGGACCGAACCAGCUCAACAUGACAAACAGUUCUAUGAACAUGCCUUCAAGUACACAUGGGUCUAUGGGAGGUUAUAAUCAUUCAGUGCCAUCUUCUCAAAGCAUGCCUGGACAGAAUCAGAUGACAAUGAGCCAAGGACAACCUAUGGCCAACUAUGGUCCCAGACCAAAUAUAAGCAUGCCACCAAAUCAAGGCCCAAUGAUGCACCAACAGCCACCUUCUCAACAAUACAACAUGCCCCAGGGAGGUGGACAACAUUAUCAAGGACAACAACCACCAAUGGGAAUGAUGGGCCAAGUUAACCAAGGAAAUCAUAUGAUGGGACAGAGGCAAAUUCCUCCAUACAGGCCACCACAGCAAGGCCCACCACAGCAGUACUCAGGCCAGGAAGACUAUUAUGGGGACCAAUACAGUCAUGGUGGACAAGGUCCUCCAGAAGGCAUGAACCAGCAAUAUUACCCUGAUGGUCAUAGUGAUUACGGUUAUCAGCAACCGUCGUAUCCUGAACAAGGCUACGAUAGGCCUUAUGAGGAUUCCUCCCAACAUUACUACGAAGGAGGAAACUCACAAUACUCUCAACAGCAAGAUGCAUAUCAGGCACCACCUCAGCAACAGGGUUAUCAGCAGCAACAGUAUCCAGGUCAGCAGGGUUACCCUGGACAGCAGCAAGGUUAUGGUCCCUCACAAAGUGCUCCAGGACCUCAAUAUUCCAAUUAUCCUCAAGGGCAAGGGCAACAAUAUGGAGGAUACAGGCCUACACAACCUGGGCCCCCACAGCCACCACAACAGAGGCCUUAUGGAUAUGAUCAGGGACAGUAUGGAAACUACCAGCAAUGAAAAAAAGUAUAGCCAAUACCUUAGGAGCCAUGUUGUCUCUGCAGCACUGUGGACAUCUCUUUUGGAGAGAAAUUAUCGAUUCCAUCUAGUUUUGGAACAACAAAAUGAGAAAAACAAACACAUUAUUGAUAAAUGGGUCUUUUGCAGUAUAUUGCCUGUCCGAGAUAGUUACAGACAAAACUGAAAGUCUUUCUAAAAAAAAUUUUACCAUCUGUACUCUAGAUGGCAAUAUUGGACAGAAAAUACAUUCACAGUUUUGCAGUGGGCUUAGAACUCUACAUCAGACAAACUGUUACAGACUGAAAUGUGUGAACAGCAUUGUAUGUUUAUGAAGGUUAAGGGAAUGUAAUAUUUUUCCACAGAUUCUUUUGUAAGGGGAAGGGGGAAAUUUUUACAGCAGCAAUAUUUUAUACAUUAUGUUUUUCAUAUGGAAUAUGCAAGUCAGUACACUACACACAGAGCAAGGUCAGAAACCCUUAUAGAUAAGAAAUUUGGAUUGAAACAUGAUACAUUGGUCAUUGUGUUGGUCUCGAUAUGUUGUGUGAGAUCGAAAGUUGCUCAACAUUCUUGAUGGACCCUUGUAUGAAGAAUUUAUAUCAAACUAUUUAAAUGACAAGGUGAUCAUGGACAGUAUGAUGCAAUUUAGUAUAAAAAAUAAUUUUGAAAUACUUUGUGUGAAGCUAUUUUGUAAAAAUGGUUUCUAGCACUGGCAAUUUUCUGUGUUGCUUUUUUCUCCCCCAGUAGCAAGAAAACAAAUUGAAUUUGUAACAGUUGUGUAAUAGUUUCACAUAAAUCAAGCUGCAAUCACUUUCUGAUUGCAGUAACAAGAAAUUUGAAGAACUCUUCAUUUGGCUUAAAUAUACAAAGUAUUUAAAAAGCAAAUCAUAGAUAGGUUGACAUAUUUUAUUUCAUAAGUGUAUUUAACUUUAGUAGUAUAAUUUCUAUGUAAUAAAAUAGUAUAGAAGCUUUUGUAAAACUCUUCUCUAAACUUUCACAUUUGAGAGUUAAUAUCUUUAAGAAAGAAGACAUUUGUUGUUUAUGUCCAUAUUUGUAUUCUUUAAUAUGAGACCAAGAGCAGGUUUUAGCGAGGUUUUUAAAAAUGCCAAAUUCUAUUGUGAAUUGCAUUAAUGCUUAAGGUAUUGCAUGUGAAGUAGCCACUACAACAGCAGAGCCGUAGAGAACACAAACUGUUCAAGAAGCUCUUUCUGUUUUCUUUCAAGUGCAUGAUUGAAUACUGUGUUGCACAGAAAUACAUGCAGACAGUCUUGAAAAUAUUUAACUAAAUAUAACUAAAAUAAGCCCUGGAGUUAACAUACUGUUACUAUGUGUUGCUAUAUUUUAACAGGAAGGUAGAUUUAUGAUGAGCUGUACUUGAAUAAAGAGAUAAAUAGAUGCAUUCCUCCAUAAUUUUAAUGGAGAACAAAUUCAUUUUUUACAUUGGUUGCACAUUUAAAUCAAGUUUAAUCUGAAAACAAGAAGAAUAUUGGUAUGAGUGAAAUGCUUUAGGUUCUGUGCCAAUUUUCCACCAUUGUGUACUUCAUUACUAUUUAAAACUAUCAACUCUUAACAGAAGAAUAAAUUAUUUGUGAUUUUAA